UUUCUAAGGAGACCUUAUUUUUCAGCAAGUGGCAUUGGCUUAGGAUCGUCUCCAAUCGUCUCUUAAGGUAGCGGAAAGCACGUUUAUGCGAUUUCUGCUGGCAGGUCUUGACGAUUCUCUUAGCUCUAACGGAUUUUAGGUAGACCUUUAUUGAAGAAGUUAAGUAAUUCCAUAGUGAAAAGAAGGCAAUCAUGGGCGUGGAUGUCGAGGUUCUUUCUCCUGGUGAUGGUCAAACUUAUCCCAAAACAGGGCAAACUGUAGUCGUUCAUUACACAGGUACCUUGAACAAUGGAAAGGUAUUUGACUCUAGCAGGGACCGUGGAAAACCAUUUAAAUUUAGAAUUGGGAGAGGAGAGGUAAUUAAAGGUUGGGAUCAAGGUGUGGCUCAAAUGUGUGUUGGAGAACGUGCUAGGCUAACAUGUUCACCAGACUUUGCUUAUGGUAGUCGAGGACAUCCAGGAGUUAUUCCACCAAAUUCUGUUCUUAUCUUCGAUGUGGAGCUGCUGAAAGUGGAGCCUUAGAAUACUCUACAGAGUCUAUUUGUACCGACCAAACACCUAAAUAUCUGGAAACUAAGAAAACGCUUUGAAAUUUAUUACUUUAAGUAGUCAUUGUACAGACGGCACUUUGUACACAAUAAUUCAGUCGCUCAUAUCUUUAGAAAAAAAAAAGAACUAUCUCUUUCUGAUCAUAAUUUACCUUAGAAAUGUUAAUGGAAGGAGGACAGAAUAAAGAAAUGAAAAUAAAAACAAAUUACAUUCACGAUAUGAAUUAUGGAAUUAUAUUAAGUCAAUAUUUAAUUAUCUUUUUAAAUGAUAAUACUUAACUUGCGUAGUUUGCUUAAAGAUGUUCCUGCAAUGAGCGAUUGAAUAAUUUAACCUUAAAACAUUUGAAAAAUACAAUCUGUGUUCAUUCCACUUACUUAGCAUUUGGUAAAUAAUCAUCUGCGUAUUUUGUACAAAAAUUUUCAAUAUCACACGAAGUGUAAUUGUACCAACGAUGUAAUAGUCUUAAAUAUUUACAUUUUAAAAUUCAAUAAAAAAUUAAACUUACUGAAUAUAA